ACUCAUUUUUCAGUGACUACUUCCAGACAGCUUGGCAAACACGCUGGGAUUUCAGUGAUUGAUGCAUUAAUUAAUACAGUUCUAUCCCUCUAUAUAUGUUAAUGAAUUUAUUCUCAGUCCAGAUUAGUAUGAUCCUCAAUCUGCAUUUACUCUCCCAAAGGAGCAGCAGUGGUGGAGGGGUUCCCUCAAACCUUAUUCCCUCCAUUUUAUGCCUUUUACCGUCAUCCGUCCCGUCAUCAUUUGAUUACAGAGAUUACUUAGACACACACACAUAGCAGACAACCUCCCUGUUGCUCCGUGACUCCUCAGGGUGCUCUGGAGGAGGUGCUCCUUUCAUCGUCUUUCACCAGAGCUCAACUGGUUAUUGAGCAUCAGGGACCGGCUCUGCCACUUCAUGAGAUCCUCCUGCUGCUGCUGCUGCUGCUGCUGCUUCUCCAUCGACACACAGCAACACAACAGAGACCAAGAAAGUCAAAAGGUUUGAGAGAUCCAGCUCAGUUUUAAAGCUACUUGUUGAGUCUUGAUUUCACACUUUGCUGUGCCGGCACUUAGUGGAGGUUGGCAUGCCCUGGACCAGACCCCAGGUGGACCUUCAUGCUGGUGGAGCAGAGGCCAUGGACCAGUACAACAUAGACGACCACCACUACGAGGGCUCCCUGUUCCCCACCUCCACCCUCAUCCCCGUCACUGUCAUCUGCAUCCUCAUCUUCAUCAUCGGGGUGACUGGCAACACCAUGACCAUCCUCAUCAUCCAGCACUUUAAGGACAUGAAGACCACCACCAACCUCUACCUGUCCAGCAUGGCGGUGUCUGACCUCAUCAUCUUCCUCUGCCUGCCCUUUGACCUCUACCGCCUGUGGAAGUACGUGCCCUGGCUGUUUGGGGAGGUGGUGUGCCGCUUCUAUCACUACAUUUUCGAGGGCUGCACCUCGGCCACCAUCCUUCACAUCACGGCCCUGAGCAUCGAGCGCUACCUGGCCAUCAGCUUCCCCCUCAGGAGCAAAGUGCUGCUGACCAGACGCCGGGUCCAGUACAUCAUCUUCGCCCUAUGGGGUUUCGCUCUGGUUUCUGCAGCUCCCACGCUCUUCCUGGUUGGGGUGGAGUAUGACAAUGACACGCACCCAGACUACAAUACGGGGCAGUGCAAGCACACCAACUACGCCAUCAGCUCCGGGCAGCUGCACAUCAUGCUCUGGGUGUCCACCACCUACUUUUUCUGCCCAAUGCUCUGCCUCAUCUUCCUCUACGGCUCCAUCGGGUGCAAGUUGUGGAAAAGCAAAAAUGACCUGCAAGGCACCUGUGUUUUGGCCCGGGAAAGGUCACACAGGCAAACAGUCAAGAUCCUGGUCGUGGUGGUGCUGGCCUUCAUCAUCUGCUGGCUGCCCUACCACAUCGGCAGGAACCUCUUUGCCCAGGUGGACGACUACGACACGGCCAUGCUGAGCCAGAACUUCAACAUGGCCUCCAUGGUGCUCUGCUACCUCAGCGCCUCCAUCAACCCCGUCGUCUACAACCUCAUGUCCCGGAAGUACAGGGCCGCCGCCAAACGCCUCUUCCUGCUGCAUCAGCGGCCCAGACAAGCCCUCCGCGGCCAGAGACAGCUCUGCGUCAUCGACCACACCUCCACCAUGAACGAAAGCCUGACCGGCGUCUGAGGAGCCUCAGCACACUCUUGAGCGGUGUUUUGACAGGCUUGUUUGACUUCAUCACUGAGGGAGAGUUUGCAGGCUUCUUUAAAGUUCAGGAGUUGCAGCUAAACAGGAAACUUAAUGAAGAUGUGUAGAAGAGGAAUGUUUGUUCCAUUUUAUCUCUGAGGGGAGGGGGGGGGGAAGCAGGGCUGAGAGCUCCACUGCACUUCAAUGCAAAAUCAGAUUUACUACUACUCAGUGGCAUUUUGUUCACAGAGACUGGGUGAUGAUUUUAAACCAUGUCACAUUUCUAUUUUCUUUGUCAAGAAAAUAGAAAUUCAGUGGAUUCCAAGCGAAAAAGUUUACAUUUUCCUGUUUCAUGCAAAAGUAUAUAUACCUCUACAUUAUGUGCUGCUACUUGUUUUUUCUUGCUCGGUGUCAGUGCUUAUUGAACACACACACACCGUUUCAGUUCACAGUUAUUACCAUCAAUCCACGGCACUGAUUAAUAAGUGGUCCCUCUUUGUUAAUGACAGAUGACGUUUGAAAUGACUGUUCAUUUAUGAUGUUUAAUUGUAUUGUAGAUUGAAUUAGUUUAAUGUAUGGUGAACAAUUGCUAUCAUACGGUUUGUUUGUUGUUCUCAUAAAUCAAGAAAAACAACACAAGUAAACCUAUUAGCUGUGGUCCAUUAGUUGUGAAGAUCUGAAAUUGGCUAUUCCGGUUUGUGUGUGUGUGUGUGUGUUGUGUGUGUGUUGUGUGUGUGUGUUGUGUACCAUCUCUCCAGUGAAUAGAUGGAACAUAAACUUCAUAAAAGCAGAUUACUAUGAAAAUGGGACAGUUGAUGUUUGUGUGUGUGAUAGCGAGGCCACCUGAGCCCUGAGGUGUUGGGGCUUGCGUACGUGCCGGCCAUCAUGUAAUCUGACACAGCUAUAUUAUAUUACCUAGGCUCUGAGUUAGAUUUAGGCUGGCGACCGACGUCCCUGCAUCACCAUAUUCAAAGUAAUGGCUGCACUAAGUGCAUUUCAAAGAGGAAUAAAGAUAUUAGGUUGUCAGCAGCGGCAAAGCUUAUUGCUUUUAUUGCUUCCACUCGCAUAAUCUUGACACCAUGGUACAAUUCGUCUGUGAUGUUGCAUUUUGGAUUAGAAAUUGUACACUUUUGUACCUCGUGCACUCUGGCAAGAAAGGUAACGUCAAAGUUAUGUAUUUUUUAACCUGAACACGGUCUAAUCCCAAAAUAAACUCAGAGUUUUCCAGGUUCUGUUUAGCAUACAUCUUGUUCUUUAAAAAAAGAACUGUCGUGAUUUUUGCCCAUGAAUCAUCGGGCCUUGGUUUGCACAAAUACAAAGAGACAAAGUCGCUCUGGGCUGACUCAUCCUCAUGACACUCUUUUUUUCACUGGGCCAUUCAUCUCUGUCUGAGGCAGCGGGUAAAAGCUUAUAUGCCACAGAGCAUCCUGCCAUCACCUGGGGAAAGAUCAGCAAGCAGCAGCACGACUCCUCUGAUGGUUAUUUUCUUUACUGAUAAUGAAGAGAGUGUCUGUGAGCGGCUCGUCCAGAGCUGUCAACACCUCCCUCAGGCCUUCUUCACACCACCUCCAAUCAUUCAGCAUUAGAAAUAUACAGUUUGUUUGUUUCCACUCAACUUUUCAGGUCAUGACUUCUUCUCAAACCUUGAACAUACUGAACACACCUCUUCCUCUCAUCUGUGGGAUCUUUAACAUAUAGACAGUGAUUUAUUUGAAUAAUAAAAAUAAUCAUAAAUAUAGAUAAAAUGUGAUAAAAUAUUUCCUGAGAGAUUUAUUAAGUUAAUGAGGACAUAAACUCCUGAGCAAAAUAUAUUAUUCUUUCAAAACUGACAAGUAAUCAAACAAUUAUUACAAUAUUAUAUUAUAUAUUAUAUUACUGCUGCUGUUUACGGUGUAAUCAGUGUUUCCUUCAUCUCAAGGCUGUUUUCAAAACGUGUAUCAGUCUUGAGGCCUGUUAUUAAGCUACUGAGAUGACAAUAUAUACGUUUUUAAUUCACGCAUUAAACAUAUUUAAACUGAUUUGCAAGCAAAGAGUUUGGAUGCCUUUGAAUGCGUCUGCCUCAUUUUAACAGUUGGAACGUGUUUUAUGAU